ACAGCUUGGACUCUGUGGGAAGGUCAGGCUGCAUUUAUAUAAAGACAGAGGGAUAUGCACUGGGAAUCCUUGCUUGGAAAGGAAAAAGCCUGGAGGAUUUUUGGAAGACCCACAAUGAGGAUCAUAAUUUUUCUCCUCACUUUGAGUGUUUUCUCAUGUUCAGGGUUCCCAGUGUAUGACUACGACCUGCCUGUCACAGAGGAGGCUCUCAAUGCUUCCAUUGCCCGGAUCAAUUCCCAGUCAUGGAGCAGAAACCUGUAUGGUGUUGUGAGAAGCCGAGUCAUGGGAGUGGACACGUGGGACAGCGACACUUACGGGUUAGAUCUGCGCUUCAGCAUCCGCGAGACCGUGUGCGCCAAAGCUUCGGGGAGAGACCCCUCCACCUGUGACUUCAAAAGUGGCCCCUUCGUGCCCACUGCUUCCUGCAGGAGCGUUGUGGAGGUCUCCGGGGGGCUGAUUGCCAACCUCACCGUGAGGUGCCAUCGCAGUGCGUUCAGCUCUGAAUCCAUGAGCAGCGAGGAGAUGAUGCACGUGCCCAUAAGGACCCCUGACAGGCGGGGCAGCGUUCCCAGGGAAGAUGAUGCCUUUGCUCCUGAAGCCUUCCCUUCAAGGGGAAGAGGCAGCAGCCGUGGAGACUGGAACAAACCCAGCUACUUCAACCCUGACAGGAUGGAAUAACCUGGCCUGGGUUUUGUGGCAGGGUGGGAAGUGACUGCUCAGCAUGAAGGACUUUCAGCUCCUUGGAAGACAUCCCACCUCCAGAGCUCGUGGCUGUGCCUCACUUUUGAGUUGUCCAUCCUGUAUCCUCCAACAUACACCCGUGUCCUGGGGUACAGGCAGUGUGCAGAGCAUGCAGGAAAAUCCUUCUGUAAACUCAGAGUCUGAGUUUAGUGUAGGCUUCUGGCCUUUUCACCCCCAUUUUCCUUGUGACAAGUUUGAAAAACACCAAUCACUUAUUUUUUAAAUUUAAGAAGUUUAAUAGUAAUAAAAUGGUUAUAAAAAUAGAAAUAUAAUCAGAGUAAUAAAAAUUUGGACAAUUAGAAUUUAGGACAAUAUGAGACAAUAAGAACAAAGAGUUAUGGACAGUCUGGGUACCUUUUCUGGGCAAAAUAAGCCUGAAAAAGGACACACGUUUACAGAGGAUUAACCCUUAAAUGCAACAGCCUGUUGCACAUUCAUACACCUCAUACAUGGUGCAUAAAUUCCAUUCAAACACAGGAUUCUGUCUGGUCAGUGUCAGCUUCUUCCUCUGAAUCCUGACAGCAUCUUCAGCGCUGAGCGAGGUGGGAAGAAGUUCGUUUCUUCUGAUAAUGGAGCAAUAAAUUCUGUUUCUCUG